GGAAGAAUGAUGGAAGAAAAUGACAGCUAGCAGUCCCUACGAUAAGUUGAAUGUAGGCGAAACCGCCGACUCGGACGAUGAAGAUAAGGUCAGGCUGUAUGGCUCAACAAGAGUUUCUGCGCCUUUACAAGGGGCCAAAAUUCGAGACUUAGAAGAAAAUAAAGAGGAAGAGGGCACAGAAAUUCCGUUACAACAUUUUCAGUUUCGUGCACAACAAAAUCCCCUAAUAAGAAGUACUGAGAAAAAGUCUUUCAGACCAGGGGAACUCUUGCCGGGGGGCGUGUCCACCCAUUCUCUCUCCACGUGGUCAAGUGAAACCAUUGUGUCCACGCGGUCAUUCUCAGAUAGUGACAGUUGGCUGAGGCACCCGAAAGUUCGAGAGAAUUGGAGAGUGGUAUUGGGUUCGUUCGUUCUUACCGCAAUUGGUUUAGUAUUGUUUUUUGUUGGCAUUGGAAUUUUGGCAUCACCACAGAGAGGUCUUCACUGUUUGGUCUUUUUCAUCAUCGGUCUGCUGUGUUUUAUACCCGGUGUGUAUCACGUGGUCUACAUCUAUUUCGCUGUCCAGGGCCGCCCCGGCUUCAGUUUCUACAACCUGCCGGUCCUGAAGUAGACAGCAUGGAUGAUGACAGAUACUGCAGUCCACAAGCCUGUGACCACCAUGUGACUAGGACCAGUUUACUCCCCUCGUGGGACUCUGAAUUGGUGAUCUCAGCCUUCAAAUUGACAUGACAGUUAUUACAGGGUGAUCUCUGUCAGAGGUCCCUUGGAUCGAUCGAUUCCAUUAUUGUUUGUUCUGAUGAUGAGGUUGUUGUUAAUAUUUGUUUUCACCGGUGUUCAUUUCAAAUGAAGUAACAAACAUUCAAAAUGUGCAAAAUUGUCGAUAGGGUUGAGUUUUCUUGUCCGAGACUGGUAAAAUUAUUUGUAAAACUGUCAGUUGGGUUUGAAAUUAAAGUGAGUUUGCUUGUCCGAGACGAUUAAACUUAUGUGCAAAAUUGUCCAUAGUUAGUAAGGCAUCUGUUCACGUUAAGGUCUCCUUGGCUGAGAUUGUUAAUGUUAAUAACUGGAAUACUGUUAAAAGCCGCGUUAAACCCAACUCACUAACAUGGCCAGUUGGUGUUGUAAGCCCUGAAACCACUGACACCGCUCAAGGUGUAAAAACGUUGCCAUGCUUGUAAGUGCUAUUAUACGUUAUUAAACAUAACUGGUCAAACAAAUAUCAUAAAAUUUAAGCCCAUGGGCUUGGAAACAUUUCCAUUGUUCCAUUUUUAGGCCCAUGGGCUUAAACUGACCAGGCAUUUAAUGUGCAUUCCUGGUAAGUCUUCACUCACUGUGGUGAAAAUGCACUUUUCAAUGAGACUGAUUCAAGUUUAAAAACCCAAAGAGGUUUAGCUUUCUCUUCUGCUGCUGAUUUCACUGUAACCAUGGUAACAUUUUUCAGAAAAUAAUGACCCCGUCAUUCCACCCCUCUGAUCUUGUAUACACAUGCUCAUGUUAGUUGGUCACUGUGUUUUAUGUUGAAAUGUAUGUUUAACGGUAAUUGGCAGACAGAGUUACGUGUAGAAGGAUUAAAAAAAAUAAAAGAAUUGAUUCUCAGGCAAUGACUUUUGAAAAAAUUGUGCAGGCAGGCAAUGUUUAGGUUUUUUUGGCUUGUGCAAACUAGUAACCAAAUAAACAGUCGUGUGCCAUCAACCUGGGAAAGGGCCAACCUACAUAAACAAGCAUACAAACUCCUAUUGCCGCCAUGACCAUAACACGAGAUGUGCAGUAAAGGGAAGUAACUCUGUGUUAUUUUGUAUCGCAUUGUUAUUAAGUAUUAGGAUUUAAUUUUUUUCUUUAAAAAUGGAAAUAAAACUGAAGCGUGCAGCAGACUUUAUGAUGAUGCAGAUGGUGCCUGAGAACCAAGACUUUUUAUUUUUUUAGCCUAAUUGUAGUUGUUUAACAGACUUCAUCAGACCGAGAACUAUAGUAACACAAGUAAUUUUAGAUUGUUGGUAAAAUGCCUCCCACCUCACAUUUUUUCAAAACUUGGAUGUAAAACAGGUAACCUUUGUCACUUAACAUUUGACUUGGCAGUGUUUGAUUUGGCAUUAAUAAGAGUACCUAUUUAUUACUUUUACUCUUAGACUCUUUUGGUGUUGAGGGUUUAUCUUUGACAGAACAUGUGCCAGAAAGCAGUUUAAACAUUAAGAAUAGCAAUUAAUUACCAAAGAGUAUGUGCAUGUCAUGUGUGGGGAUGAUUGCCACUGUGUCAGGCGCAAUGUACAUGCAAUGUACAAGUAGUAUAAGGUGUCACGUAGGGCUUAUCAGAUGUCAACUGAUGCUGUGUAUUCCCUUUGAUGGCUGGCCAGCUGUUGAUGGGGGAAACACAGGAGCACUGUUGUUGAACUUUGAUGUGUGGAAUUUGUUGUGUCAAACCAUUUGCCCCACCCAGCAAAUUCCUCAAAUUUUAAGAUUAUUUGACCUAUAAACGGCAAAUUGGGUGUCAAAUUUUCAAAUGUCUCAAACUUAUUGUUUUGUUAUGCAAGUACAAAUUUACUUUUUCACUCAAUGUUCAGCAAUCUUUAAUCUGGUAAUGAAGGUCAGGGUUGGCAUUCCCAGCAUGCAACAGAAACUGAAACUAUGUGCAUCAACAUCCAAACAAUAGUUUGUAUUAUUAUCCUUUUUAAUAAGCAGCUUGGGUUGAAUACUCCCCAGGGAGCUGAGAAUGGCAAUCGAGUGCACACUGAUCUAAUGACAGGGAUAACAACAAUAAUGCUGCACUUUAUCAAGCAUGCACCUUUAUUAUUAUUAUUAUUAUUGUUGUUGUUAUUUUCAUCAUCAUCAUUAUUAUUAUUAUUAUUAUUAUUAUCAUUAUUAUUAAUUUAAUAAUCUGUAGUGCAUGUGCAAUAUAACUUUUAUGGUGUUACAAAUGCCUCAAAGAACUGUUUCAGACGCAUUUUCAGACAAGAGCUGGACACGGUGGUGUACAUCUGUAUUUAUCCUUGUAGAGUCUAAAAACAGAAGUGAACGUCAGAGUACCCUGGUAAUAUACUGUUUACAAAAGUGCAUAGAUCUCGAUCAGGUGAUGGAUGGACGAGUCUCUCCACCUGAUGCGGGUGACGUCAACUGUCACACCACAUUUAUUUAUUGGGCCUUAUUAUGUAUUUGUUGGUUUGCAAAACGUUUGGCCUACAUUUGUGUGUAGGUGGUUGCUGAACAUUGUCCUAUAGCAAAGCAACAAAGCAUUGAUGACAAGUCCCAUAUGAGCAUACUCACCUUCAGGCAAUUAUUGAGUCAACAAAUACCUCUGCAAUAUAAUAUACCGGUACAUAUGGACUAAACAAUGGCCAUGAGUUCCUCCAACAAAUUCUUGAAUCAAAGGUUUAACAAAAACACAAACCAAAACAUUUCCAAAAGUGUAUAUUUUGAAACACAGUAUUUAAAAAAAUUCACUUUUGCAGAAAAUGAGUUUUGAUUUAUGUAAACUUGAUAGUAUUGUGUUCUGGCAUUACAAUACCUAUAUAUGAUUUCAUUAAAUCAAAUCUGUAGAAGUUACUUGACCUGGUCAGCUUGUGACUCUCGUCACUGUACUAUUUUAUUUGAGGUUCUAGAAUCCUCACUUUUUUUAUUGAAAUCUUAAUAACAUCUCAGUAACAUGGCAGUGUUCUGUGAGUCAGUCUCGUCAGUCAUUAAACACAUCAGUGUGUUUACAGCAAUAUGACAAUAGUACUUUUGAGGUUUUUCUUUUGAAUUAUAUCGUGUGGUCAGCGAUUCCUUGAUCAACUGAAGACAAGUAUCACUUGAGCUACAUCAAUCUGCUUAAAUGAUUUCUUGGGAUGGUGUUUCGUUACGUUAUUUGUUUCAAAUACAUUAUAUGAAUAUUGAUCAUAACACAUCCUUGUUGCAUCGAUAAGUAGAUACUCUUGAAUCAGCCAUCUUUUCUAUGACAAUUUCAUAAAAAUCAGAUCUUAGUGCUCAUUACCUCUACAAGAAGCAGUAGCGAGCACUCAGAUCUGAUUUAACGAAAUUGUUUCAUGAUUUGUUUAAACUUGAUAACUAAAACUGCGUUCGUAAUAGAAGUAAGUAGAACCUUUCCUUGGUCCCCGUGUUGAUUUUAUAUUGGCAAAUUGAUUAUUUAAUUAGAAAUAAUUAAUGUAUUAUGGUCUUACACGUAUUGUUUUUGAGUUUUUGUGCUCACGGACAUGGAAAUGUUGAAAUAGCUUAAGGAUUCACACAAACUGUCAACCACACAAUUUGUAUUUAUUUUGUUUUGUUUUAUUUUGUUGAAGUUGACAAAUAGUCAUUUGAGAUGUAAAGAAUAUUGGUCAGUCUGAGACUAUCAAGAAUUCCACAAGAUGGGCGCAGUGUAAGAUCAUGUGUGACAGCAGAAUGGAGGGAUUGAACAAUGGACAUAAGGCAGUGUGCCCAUCAUCUAACUGUCUUGACUGAAUACUUGUCAAGCUGCAGUUUGGCGUGAAUGUUCUUUACAAAAGAUCUUACCAUUGUUUGUUCAAAUAUUCUUUGAAAAUAAUUUCAGACAUUUGUAGACCACACUUAAUGACUUUACAAUUAUGUGUCCAUCCCUUGUCAUGAUGUGUAAUGUGAAUAGCAGACGUCACAGAAGAAAGGGAGAUAACUUCGUGUACUUCCUGUUUCACACUUCCUGUGCUACCCUGAAUUACAAAAGUUACAAUCACUCAUUACAAUCACUAAUUUUACCUCCAAGUUACAAAACAUGCAGAUCACUGCAGCCAUUUUGUGAAAGUACUAGUGGUCCAUGGGUGACUAUUUAUUCAACAUCAUGUGCUGAUGAACAUGUUGCUUGGUUGUGGAUGAAUUGUAUAUUAUUACUGUAUUCGACAUAAUAAGCGCCUAGGGUGCUCUCAAAAUUUGAAAUAGGGGGCUCUUGUUAGAAUAUUAUUUUGGUGAAAUAAAACAGAGUUGAAAGAUCUAAAAUUUCGUGGUUUAUGCUGACAGCCUGAAAUGUUUAUAUACAACAGAUAUAUCUUUCCAGAAUGUAAUUGCACAUAAUUAAGGGUGCAUAUAACACAAGACUGCGUAUUAUAGACGAAUAAGUAAGUCUUGUGUACAUUGAUCAAUCGGAAGGGGUGCUAACUGGGAUUGUUCACACGCCAAUAUAUUAGCAAUAAUAUUAGUGCAGGGCGCUUAUUAUGUCGAAUACGGUCAUCAUUCAUUUCACUGAUUGUUGUACUUACUAUGGUAUACCUCCGUUAGUGUUGAAUAAUGCACCAUUACUACACGCAAAGUUGAGAUUAUGUAUAUUGUACCUUUGUGUAUCUUGCUUUAUUUAUGUUGCAGCAUUAACCAAAAAACACUAGCCUACUAGACUGUGUCAAGUAACAUUUCUAAAGGGCUAGUGAAAUGUGAAGGUCGCUUGCAUUACUAGUUUGUUGAUCUUGAUUUUAUGUUCUAGUUGACGACAAAUUUGGUGCAAAUUCUUUUCACAUAGCUGUUUUCAUUGCACACUUUUCACAGAUUAGAUCAAAUAUAUUUUCAACAAAACCAAAAUAUAAAUGCAGGGUUAGCUUUUCAGGACUAGAAAAUGUUUCAGACGACUAGCCAACUUGGCUAUUGUAGUUUUGUGUUAGUUUCUUUUUUGUAAUCAUUCCAGGGGGCACAGGUGGCCCAGUCGUCUAAGGCGCCGCGAUUCCUUGUGCAGAGUUGCGUCCCUUGGGCACGCAGGAAACCUAUGAUUGUGGGUUCGAAUCUCGGUUCGCCCCGAUUAUGUUUCUAGG